AAAUUAGCUAAACCUUAUCAUACAAAACCCAUAUAACAACAAUAAGGUAAUAAUUUCCAAAUUCAUUGUUAGUUUAUAAACAAACGAUAUGAAAAUUUUAAAGACCUCAACACAUCAGAAGUUAUAUCAGAACAUCUAAAGGUUUAGCAGUUUAUUAUUAUUAAUAUUAUAUUAAAUCAAUUUUUAUUUUAUCAGUAGCAACUAUUUGUUAUAAUACUUAUUGUAAAUUAUUUAUAAGUUAGAAAAUAGACUGCGUAAACGGACUGAGCACCUCAAUAAAUAUUACUUGUGAUCAUUAAUGAUUAAUUAAAUCAUUCGUCUUUCACUAAGAAGGGGAAUGGCGUGUAAAACGACGGAUAAGUGAAUGCGAUUUUUCUUCGAAAACUAUCUACGACACAUAAACAUUCGUAAUUAGGAAUAUUAUAACCAAAUUUUAUACAAGAUUGUUUUAGCAACAUUUCCUUAAAAAGCAAAUAUUAAAUAAAUAUUCUAUUUUCAAUAUUUAUAAUUUCUUUUAUUAGAGUCUGCACUUGAAUUUAAUUAUUUCGGUUAAUCAAGAUAAUAGUCGAAACUGUUUAACUAAUAAUAACAAACUAAUUUAUGAAGCUAUAUUGUUUAAACAAUCUUUUAUAAAAAUUCAUUUUGUCAAUUGUAAAUGGCACAAGCGUCGCCAUCUGUCUCGGGGACAGAGAACCUCUUUUGGCCUCUCCCCCGGAAAAUUUAGUUAGAGUAGGGGGUCUCCAGACCCAAGCGUAGGAGGAGCCCUCGAGGAAACUCUUUCCAUUGGAAAAUCCUCCGAAAAUCUCUCGAAGAGGGAAAUCGAGGGAUGGGCCAAAGGUUAUGAGUAUCCUCGAGUCGCAACUCAAAAUCACUCCGGUCCCGGCUCCCGCCCGGUAAACAAACUACUCGCGCUUAGUCCGCAUUUUUAUUCAAUUACGACUUCGGUCCCGGCUCUCAGUCAGCUCGGAAGCAACAAACGCGCUUAGUCCGCAUCUACAUAUUUUUAACAACGCGCUUAGUCCGCAUUUCUCUUUUUUACUUAUAUUUCAAACGCGCUCAGUCCGCAAUAUACUAUUCGUGUAUUUAGAAACAAAAAUCCUUUUUUUCAUUUAUAUAAACAAUUUAUAAACUCUACAAAACGUCUCAAAUUAAUUAUUCAUUUCUAUACCUCUCAAACCUAUCGGUCCAAACGACAUACAAAAUUCGAUAUACUACAACUCUGUGUGAGAUUACUACAAGGUUUUACUUCAGCAGUCCACGGUCCAAGGAUAAAAAAAAUGACUGGACGUGCUGAUAGCUUGAAGAUUAUGCUGUUCGUCAACUACAGCCGAGAGGGUUGAUAAACAACGUUGGUAUAUACUUAUACGAAUCGAAGUGACUUGGAUACUCGACUCUGAAGUCAUGGAGGCAUUCCUAGCAGCUACGAGAAACUACCUGGCGAACCUGAACAAUUACCAGCGAGUCCGGGUGAUUCUGGGAAAUUCAACGUGCGACCUCGACUCGGCGGUGUGUGCUUUGGCGCAUGGCUUCCUCGAGUACAAAGAGGCCGAGGAGCGCGAGGACGAGAGCCUGGCCGUCAUCCCUGUGAUGAACGUCAGCAGACAAGAGUUUAGGCUCAGAACCGAGGUCGUUUACUAUUUGAAUAGGUGCAAUGUGCCGCAGGACCUGCUGACGUUCCGAAACGAGAUCGAGCUGAAGCCGUUGCUGGCCUCGGGGAAAUUGGAACUCGUGCUGGUCGAUCAUCACGCGCUGCCAGCGGACGACGCCGAGCUGUUCCCGGCCGUGCUCGAGGUGAUCGAUCACAGGCCCCAGGACAGCAACUGGCCCUGGACCAACUGCAGACUGGCUCUCGACACCGUCGGCAGCUGCGCCAGCCUCGUCGCCCGGAACAUCAUCCAGCGGCGGCCCGACGUCGCUGCCACUGUUGCCUCUCUCCUCAAAGGUCCGAUCUUGAUAGACACGGCGAACUUUUCCGAGGAGGCAAAGCGCGCGACACCGCUGGACCACGAGAUGAUCGCGAAACUCGAGGAAAUCAGCGACGGCGACGCCCAGGUCCGGGAGAAACUCUACCAGGAAAUUCUCCAGGCAAAAACGGACAUCAGCGAGCUGACGCCAGUUGAUCUCUUAAUUAGGGACCUCAAAGUCGUCAAUGGCGUGCCUAUACCCGGUUUUCCGAUUCUCGUGAAGGACUUCCUCGAGCUGGAUGGCGCCAGGGAGGCGCUCGAGGCGUUUUGCGCCGCAAGGAACUGUCAGCUGGCCGUCCUCAUCGGGCUGGACCUGCGGAACGACAGGGUGAUGAGGGACAUCGCCGUCUACUCAUUGGGAGCCGGUCAACUGGCAAAGAAACUAAUCGAGGCCCUGACAGCGUCGAGCAGCCCGGAUCUCCAGCUGACGGAAGCGAAACGCAUGCAACAGGACGGCGGGAACUCGCUGCUGCUGCUGUACAAGCAGGCCAACGUGCAGGCUUCGCGCAAGCAAAUACUCCCGGUUAUACAAAGUGCGUCGGCCUAGACCUGACCUACCCUCUCUGCGCUUUGCGACGGAACAAGUGUGCGGUACUGCCGAUCUGUGCAAAAGCGGUGCCCUGUUGGUAAACGGCGCUGUGCCUCCAUUAAACGAAUUAACAUGCGCUCCUGUUAUUAGCGCGCGCUGGACUUUUUUCCCCAGGCUUGUUUGAGGUGGGGCUGCGAAUGUGGUUAAUUUGCUUUUUUCAACUGCAAGUCCGCGGCCGUGUGCCCGCACGCGGUCGGGCUCGUUCGCAGUCUGCAGUUGUGUAAUCGCGUGAAUAAAGUACUGUGGAAAAACUGUAA